AUGUGUCAGAAAUAGCAACCUGCUGCACUUUUAUAUUUUUUGCUAUUAUUGCGCUUGUCAUGCUCUUCGGAUACUGUUUAAUUGGUGACCAACUAACUCAACAGUGUAUAAGUGUGCAAGAUGCAUACUAUGAAUGCAAUUGGUACGAAAUGCCACUUGAUUGCAAGAAAUGUCUGCUAAUUUGCAUGAUUCGGGGCCAAGUUAUGUUAUAUAUAACUGCCGGAAAAUUUUAUAUAUUUUCUUUAAACAGUUUUACGGACGUUAUUAAAACUUCCUUGGCAUAUUUGUCUAUGUUACGUACUCUGUUAUGAAGAAUUAUGGGAAAAUUUACUUAUAGCACACAAUAUUAUAUAAUUCUGUAAAGUACAGAUAGAGAAAUAUACUUAAAAUA